AUGCUACAAAAUUUUCUGCUCUCUACUACUUGGUUUGCUCCUGAUCAGAGAGCUACAGCCACGGCUGUUGCAUCGCUUAUCAGCUACCUGGGGUCAGCCUGCGCCUUUCUGAUUGGUCCGUUGGCUAUCCCUGCACCCAAUGGCACUGUGGGAAGCACCAUUUACUGGAACCAAAACCACAUAGGAGACAGGAUACAGUUUGUUCUUUAUGCAGAGGUUGGGAUGAUUGCAGCACUUUUCGUGGCUGUGCUGUUGUACUUCCCCUCCAUGCCACCCAUCCCUCCCAGCGUGGCAGCGGCUAGCCAACGUCUCAGCUACAGGAGCAGCAUCUGCAGGCUUCUGAGCAACAUGCGUUUCCUGAUGAUAGCACUCGCCUACUCCGUGCCCACAGGGGUUGUUGCCGGCUGGGCUGGUGUGUUGGACAUGAUUUUAACACCUGCUAAAGUCAGCCAGGUGGAUGCUGGCUGGAUCGGGUUCUGGUCCAUAGUUGGAGGCUGUGUGUUUGGUGUGGCCAUGGCGAGCCGUUUUACAACACAAGCAGAAUUCCUGCAUGAACACACCUUAUGGGCCCAGACACACCAAACCACUCUCUACACUUCCUGCAUCCUGGUGGGUAUCUUCAUCAACAGUAGUGUGCCCAUCUUCUUGGAGCUGUUCAUUGAGACGGUUUACCCUGUUCCUGAGGGCAUCACCUGCGGAGUGGUCACCUUCCUCAGCAACCUCUUCACUGGACUUAUGCUGUUUUGCCUCACCUUUUACUUCACAGAGCUGUCCUGGUUGAACUGGUGUCUUACAGGCUCCUGCAUCUUCAGUCUCCUGCUCCUCCUCUUCUUCAGGGAAUCGUAUGACCGCCUCUAUUUGGAUGUCUUUGUCUCUGUCUGAGCACACCGCGUGAGCUUUUUUCAGCAGAAGACUGCAGAAGAAGUCUUUUUAUGGGCACUAUAUUCCAGCAGAGUGCAGAGAAAGAGCACACAGCAUGUUGCUCAUUUUUAUGGAUCUGGGUUUUUUUGGGGUUUUUUAUGUUGUAAUUGUGAAAUAUAUGACCAGCAGUGAUGGCAGUGCAUUGUGUUAGCAUCAUAACUAACAGCGGGAACUGAGACCUGACUAAGGAAGAAAGAAGUGUAGAUAUUGACCUUUCUACUUGACAUUUUGCCUCCUUGACGCAUCCCUUCUUUAUGUUUUAUUUGACUUUUUAAAAUAUUUGUAUAAAAUUUUUUUUUUAACGAUUAAUGGAAAUUAUGUGAUUACAUACUGGCACAAUAAAAGGGACUUUUAUUGCUUAGAGAGACAUGGAUACAAGCGGAUCUACUCACUGAUUUGGCAGCGCCCCAUGGUGAUGACUCCUGUAGUGCUCUCACCACAUCUAAUGGGAGUGUAAUGGAUAAUUAUAGACAAGCUCAAUUAGCCGCCUGGCGGGAGCUAUGGCCGUCUGUGGACCGGGGACCUCUUAGAGCUGUAGUGUCACUUGUGAAUAGCCUGUGAGAUCCAAGCUUUAAUUGACCUGUGAUAGUACUGUCAAUAAGUGGCAGAAGCUGUGGUCCUCCAGUCUUCUUGUUUUCCGUAUCAACCCAUAUUAUGCAAAGAAUAAUCCACUCCGCUGUGGUGUUUAGCUAAUCACCUUGCAUCCAUUAGUCCGAUUCUGGGUCAUGCUACAUCAAGGCGUCUGAGGUCACAGUUUAUGUGAUGAGGGAUCUGUAUUAUUCAUGUUUAGGUAGCCAUUUGUGUUCGUCCCAUUCUCAUGUGAAGGCUUGGUUUAUAGCUGUAGCAUGCGCGCAGUGGGUGUCUGUUGCACAAGCCUUUUAGAAUUUUAUGCAAUUGAUCAUGCAUUUAAAUGUAAUUUAUUAACUCAUUUUAGUGAUUAAUACACUAAUAUUGACAAUAAGGGAUUGUUAAUGGUUUUUAUGCCUGAGUACUGUUGCAGAAGAGCAUUUAAACAUGGCAUUAUGAACUGCUGGAACAGUACAACACUAUUCACCAGCAAUAAUAGCCAUGCUCUGUAGCCUGUCAUGAUUUGUGGCAUAACCUAAUGCAAAAACAAGUGCAAUACUCCCUCUCAAAUUUUUAAAUACAGCCUGUUGUAUGACCCAUGCACACGCUGGGCUGUUCUUUCCUGCAUUUUCAACAUUACCAUAAAAAUGGAACCCAUCUGAAUCUGGACUGCUUUGCCACUUUCACUUUGCUGUGAAAGGUGAAAUUUGGUGGCUUGAGACUUAAAUGAAUCUCUGUCUGCUGUUGGAUUUAGUGUUGACUUCAGUGGAACUGAUUGACGGUUAUCAGUGGAAAGGAAAAGUGUUUUACGGACACGCUGAAUCCCACGUUUCCACAGCUUUCCAACCGAGAACUUUGGACACACACACGGUUCUGUUCUUCUCUGGGAAAAGCCUGCAUGUGAAUCACUUUUUCGUGUCUUUGUACAGAACAGUUCUCUAUUUUACCUGUUGUUAACGUUGCCUUAAUUAACAGUGACCUUUGUUCUGUCCUCCUCUUCACUGUGAUUGUGCUGCAGUCGGUGCUUGUGCUCUGUUCUGUCACUGUAAUGCUAAUCGUAAGUGGCACUGGAGAGGCGUACGUGCCCCUGUCCAUUUGCAGAAACAUGUCAAAGAUUUUUUUAGCACCUUAUUAAAA